AUGACCAUUCCCAUCUUCAGUAUCACUUUCAUUGUCACUACAAUUACUGGUUACCUCGCCAAUAAGAACCACCUAUGUAGUGCCAUCCUUGCCAUGCCCAAGGAGACCCACGCUAUUUCUUUGGCAUUCGUCAACGCUAUGGGUAACUUGGCGCAGAUCUAUGGAGCUUACCUCUUCCCUGCUGCGGACAAGCCCAAGUAUCUCAAGGGAUUCAGUGUUAUCAGUAGAUUGUGCUUCACUGGUGCUAUUUCAUAUAUCGCUUUGCACAUCCUGCUCAGGAGACUUAAGCAGAUCUAG